CCUGCCUUCGUGCUCGUGCACCUGGCCCCAGUGUUUUGAGAUAUCGGAACAUUACUGCCGUGUAUGCUAAACGGUCCAGCGCGAGGAAAACCCUUAGGCUGCUGUCCUGACUCACGGGAUUUGUUUGUGCGUGUUUUUCUUGUUCUAGUCACCUCGGGUGACCCAUAAAGUCAUGGAAAAUAUAGACUUACUGAGCAUCAACCGACAAUUUCUGGAGCAACAUCUGCAACAAUUCGAAUCACAACUGACUUUUUGUCCUUAUCAAGUCAACGAUGAAAACCUUCAACACAAGACGCGCCGACGGAAGUGUCACCAGCAAAUAAUUCAGCAGAGACACGCCGCCAACCUACGGGAGCGGCGCCGAAUGCAGUCUAUCAAUGAUGCAUUUGAAGGACUCCGAGCACAUAUUCCAACUCUUCCUUACGAGAAACGCCUUUCCAAGGUAGAUACUCUGAGAAUGGCCAUUGGCUAUAUUGAUUUCUUAAGUGACCUGUUAAAUUCAGGGUGUCAUCCAAAUGAUUCUUUAUCCAACCGGAGUAGCGAGCAACCCAAGAAAAUUAUAAUUCAAUACCACAGAGGAGGCCUGAAUGAUUAUCUUCCAGUAGCUGGUCAUUCGCUAUCUUGGACUAAUGAGAAACAAACCACUCAGAAUGGAAGUGUAAAAAUAGCUAAAGUGUGGACACCAGAGGACCCUCGACAAAGAAAUUCCAGCGACGAAGAUUCUGAACAUCUAUUGGUUUAGACCAGUGACAGAGACUGCGUUAAAACGAGGCUGUAUAUUUUUUAAUAUUUUUUAAUUCACGUACAAACCACCAGGUAUACAUAAUCCAGUGACAAAUUAUUAGUCGCAUAUGCAAGUAACGCUUUUCUCAAUGACUUUGUGCCUGUAAAAUUUCAAAGAUUACAACUAAUAAAAUACGAAAAAUUCCGCGUUACGACCUAAAAACUUGAAGAUUAACCUCGUGUAAAUAGAAAUACUAUCUUGUAGCAUUUUCUUUAUAUCUGACUAUUCUAGAUUAAUUUGAGGGGGGGGGGAUUUUUUGGCUUCAACUACUUUUUAUGCGAGAUAUUUUUCUUAUGAAAUAUCAUUAGUCCCACAACCUACAAUGUUUCGUGAUGGAUACUUUCAAGUAGUUGUUACUGUUAUCUCCUGAGCGAACAUUUUGGCUCUGGUAAAAUCGUUGAUUAAUAUGAUUAUUGGACGUAAAAAAAGGAGAAUGAAACAAUAAAAUUCUCCCAAAAUAUAUAUGUAUAUAUACCCUUUAGCAAAGACUGAAUAGUAUAAUCUUAGUGUAAUUUUCCACUACAGACUGAAUGGUAUAAUCUUAGUGUAAUUUUCCACUUAGAUGCGACAAAAACGGUGUUCAUGUAAUGAUACAAAAAUAACGUUCGAUUUAUACUCUAGUAAAAUAAAAGACAAGUGACCAUGUAGCUCAAACUUUUGUCCGACGAAGAAAAUAUUAUAAGGUUCGAGUAUAUAAUUAUUCUUAAUAAAUUAUUCACCACAACCCUGCUAAAUUAUCACAGUAUACCCGUGUUUUAGAAUAUGCGACAUCUUUAUAACGUUAUUUAAAAUAAUAUUUAGGUUGUGGUAUAUACAACAGUGGCAUGGAUGAUGUUAUCCACCACUUGUUGAACCCUUGUUUAAGUCUUUAAUGUAGGCAAAGUGAAAAUUAAAAACAAGGCAUUUUAAUUAUUUAUUUUAUUUCACUCCUAGUGGCCAGAUACUCUAAAAUUGUAUGUAAAAUACGACCAAUAUAUUAAGGCAUUAACUUAUUUCGUUAUUAAACUUAACUUACUAACAUAUCCUGUGGUCUAAUAUUUUUUUUAUUAAACUCAGUGCUAGGAACAAACGAAAUAUUUAAUCUUAUUCCUCGUAGCAUUAAAAAACUUUACUUCGCCAAACACAAAGUGUUUUGUCCUUUAAUACUUUUAAAAUUUCACUAACUAAAAACUUAGAUCCAUCAUGUAACUGAAUCCCACCGAUGUGUUAAAUUGUAACGCACAUACUCAGUCUAGAGGGAAGACAUUCUUACAGUCAGUGUGUUAAAAUAUCAACAGUUCGAAACGAUGUUUUUAGAAAUUUAAGCAUCAAGCGAAAUAUUGUAUUCAACUCGGUUAAGCAGAACUGUUCGUAUUGUUAAGCCACAAAUUGUUGUUCAAGACCUUAUAUAAAUUUAUAAUACUCACUGGAUUGAACAAGAUCAAGCAAAGAAAAAAAGGAACAUCAGAAUAAUGGUGUAUCGUAGAAAUAAUCCCGAUUUUAAAGUACUUUAUUAAAAAACCAGAAUACGCUUAUUUCACUUUUGUAUUUAUGUCGGUCAGUAAAAAUGUACCAGCAUUAAAACUAUAUUGAGAUUCAGAAUAUACAGUUUGCUAAUUUAUUACUGGCAGGGAUUUAGAAAUAUUUCGAAAAAACUUCUUUAUAAUUUUUUGCAAUUUAGAAAGAGCUAUUGGUCUUUGUAAUUUCAAGCUCUUUUGCUACUAAUAUAUGAACUGGUUUCACUUUUAAAUAAUUUCCUUAACUUUCCGGGAAUAUUAACAUUUUCAUGUUCUUGAAAGAACUAUUGAUUUUGCUCAGAUUUGUGAUGUUAUCUAGUCAGUUUGUAAAGAAGGAAAUAUGUUAAUAUGAUUGUAAUUAGAUAUAUGAUUUAUGUAUACGAAAUAUGUUACACAAAAAAGGCAUUUCCGUUACAAUUAGUUAAUGUUAAUCACUUAAUGUUCUAAGUGCUCAUCAAGUAAUUAAAAAAAAAGAACAACCUAAGGAGGGGAGGUAUUUCAGUAAACUGAAUUACAAAAUCAAACGUCAGUAUGCUCUCAACUAUUAAAUAAUUAUUCAGGUUUUUGAUUUUAAUAAUUUAAUUUAAUUUGACCGUCGUUCUCUCGUUUGUGAUUAUUAAACUGUGAUUUCCGGCACAUGAAUUAAUUUAAUUUUAAUAAAGUUACAGGAUAAUGUUGAUGCUAAAUGUAUUUAAUACUUUAGUCUAAUUUUUGGAUUAUCCCUCCAGAAGUGAUAUAUUAAAACAAUUUUAUAUUAUCUCUGAUCUGAUGUAGUUGGUAAUUUCGUCCAGCUUAUAUAGUACUGCUUGAUCUAAUAUAUAUGAUCAGUAAUAUAUUAAAACAACCUAAUGUUACCUCUGAUCUGAUGUGGUUGGUAAUUUCUUCCAGCUUAUAUAGUAUUGCUAGACCUAAUAUAUGUGAUCAGUAAUAUAUUAAAGCAACUUUAUGUUAUAUCUGAUUUGAUGUGGUUGG